CGAAAAAUGGUGAAGAAUUGUAUUUUGGCUUCUAUGGUAAAUGAUCUCAUAACAGCUUAUGAGCUAAACAAUAAUUUACAAGUUAUUCGCUCAACACCUGCAAGUUACAAUGAUUUGAAGAAGUUUCACUCAGAAUUAUAUUUGGAACACUUAAAAAGUUUUCAUGAAUUAGAAGAAGACUAUAUGACUAAUGACAAGGAUGAAGAGUAUGGGAUAGGCUAUGAUUGCCCACCAAUAUCUCAUAUGUAUGAACUAGUGUCAGUGGUAGCAGGGGGGUCUAUAACUGCAGCAAAAUGUCUAUUGCUUGGCAUUACUAAUGUGGCUAUAAAUUGGUGUGGUGGCUGGCAUCAUGCACAGAGAUUUGGAGCAGAAGGAUUCUGUUAUGUUAAUGAUAUUGUAAUAGCUAUAGAAAAGUUAAGACUUAAGUUCAAGAAGAUAUUGUACAUAGAUUUGGAUGUUCACCAUGGGAAUGGUGUAGAAGAUGCAUACAAAUUAAGUAAAUCAGUGUUCACUUUAUCUUUUCAUAAAUAUGAACCUGGUUUUUAUCCCGGAUCAGGUAAUAUAGAUGACAUUGGCAGUUUAGCUGGAAAAGGUUAUUCAUGCAAUUUCCCACUUCAUGCAUUUUACACGGAUAAAACUCUAGAAAAUGUGUUUACAAAUGUUUUUCCAUUAGUGAAUUCAAAAUUUGAACCAGAUGCUAUAGUAAUGCAAUGCGGUGCAGAUGGAUUAGUUAAUGAUCCCCACGGUGGAGCAUGUCUUACUGAUCAGGGUUACAUAAUGUGUCUCCAUAAAGUACUGGCUACAACAAAACCAAUUCUGUUACUAGGUGGAGGGGGUUAUAAUCAUCCCAAUGCGGCCAGACUGUGGACAAAACUUACAGCUGUAGCCGCAGGAGUUGAUUUGGAUGAUAAUGUUCCUGAACAUGACCAUUGGCCUAAAUAUGGACCUGAUUAUAUUCUCUCCAUACAGCCUAGUCUUACAAAAGAUCUGAAUACUGAACAGUAUAUCAAUGAAUGUAUUUCAAAAAUAAAAUAUAAUUUAGAAUUAUUAGAUACAAAGACUGCUAUAUAUUUGCCACUCAAAAGAGAACAGGAUCAGGAAGAAGAUAUUCAAAAUGACAGUCAACAUCAAAUUGUGCAUAAGCAAGACUUAAGAGAAGGUAAUUUAAAGAAAGAAACAAGACUGAACCCUGUCAAAGCACAAGUAGUACCUGAAAAAGACAACAAAGCUGUUGAUGUUUAUGAUUUUCAAGAUUGA